AUGAUGCACGCUGCUGCGCGCAGCUUUGGUAACAUAGAGCAGCUGCUGGAGGCGUUUUUCGGAUUCCUUUGCACACAGACGGACUUUUACCACACCCAGCUGUCGGACGGUGACAUCGCCAAAUUCGGCCUCGACCGCUCCGUCAACAAUCGCGGAUUUAAGCCUGAUCACGUGAGAAGCAUGAUUGCGCGGAUAUUUGAUAAAAAUCUGCGAUUGUACCGGGAAAGAUACCAACCCUAUCUGCUUGGGAUCCCCGUGGAACGUACACCAACUCGAACGCGAACGACCAAUCACCGUUCCGCUCCAAUCGAUGAGGAAUUUGCUAAGACACCUUAUGUCCCAGGGCAAUUUCUACCAAGAGAAACCGCCAAAUACAGCGUUGAGAAACAUGCCACCGGCUCCAGCACAGUCUCCAGUGAAUUACCGGUAAAAACAGGACAGGGAACGGCCUUUUAUGAUUCAAGCUUAUCAAUAGGCAUGUCUAAGAAUCCCAGUACGGUUAAUGGUGGCUCAUAUCAAGGAGGUGAAAAUACCGUGGUACGCAAUGACUCCAGCCGAUAUGCAAACCAAGCUGAGGCUCCUGUGCCCAAUAAGGGUAUGAUCGAGAAUCAGAAAGGUGCAGCUAAUGGGCCUAUGCUGCCGCAAGUGAGUGGAGUAGAUCCAUAUGCGCUGGAACGGUUACGCACUGACUUUACGCUGUCACCGUUCAAUGGCGGUAAAACAAAUGUCUAUUGCUGGAACCAGACGUUCACCGACGUCACCAUCGAAGUAGUCACGAGCGAAUUUCUUGCUGCCAAAGACGUUGAUUUGAGGGUCACGCGGGACCACAUCCAGCUCAACCUCUGGGGCAAGCAUAUCUUCUCGGGGAAGCUGCCGCAACCCGUCAAUGCAGCUGAGGCGACCUGGAGCAUCGAGGAUAAGCGCAUGCUCGUGAUUUCGCUGGAUAAAACGGAGGAACGUUGGUGGGAUAGCCUCGUGGAGGGGCACCCCAAAAUAGACGUCACCCAAAUCGAGUCGGUAAAGCGGUUUGACGAGUUCAGCGCGCCGGCUCAAAAUGAAAUGCUAAAUCUGAUGAAGCAACACCGUGAUAGGCAAUCUCAGGGUGGCUUCUGA